AUGCCCAGUCAGACUGCAGAGGUAUUUGGCAAAGCGAAGGGCAUCCCUCCUCCACCUGCAAGACCUCGGCAAACCAUCAACCGACCAGGAAACCUCCCAGCAACCCCAGGUUCGAUUCCUAGAAUGAAACCUACCUCCUGCUACCACAAACCCACCCAACCUUCCUCCCAACCUCCUCAAUCCCGGCACUACAUCUCCCCACCCCCUCAUCCAUCUCAGUAUCGCCAAACUCCCGCCCCUCUACCUCCUCCCCCAAUACUAACCCCCAACCCCUCAGGUUACCCCCCUAACCUCUGCAUCGGGGGGGGCCGGAAGACGUUCGAUUCCUGCUCGUGCCGAAAGCAGGAACCCAGGACCAGAAGACCGCAUGUUGAAGAAAGAAAUGCAGACCAGAGGACACCGACUGUAGCUCCUGUUUUGUAA